CCAGCAGAGUCAUAGAAGCAAUAACAGGUUUUUCCUGAAUCAUUCCUGAUUGGCUCACCGUGCUCCAACGUCACUGUCAGGCGGCCAAUCAGAUCGCUCGUGGGGCCGCCGAUAUUUGAAAACAGAAAUGGCAGAGGUUCGAUGUGUGCUUCAGCAGUGUGACCCUGCUCUUCUGGACCCAGCCUUAGAUCAGUGGGACUGUGAGGCCGGCAGGAUGCUGCUCCACCUGACCGACAGCCGGCGUGUGCAGAAGGUUCUGCUGCGGCAGCUGUUUGUUCUGGACGCCAUGAUGUCUCUGCUGGAGGGUCUGCAGUCUGCCCGGCAACUGAUGACACUGCCCUGCCCCCCACACCCUGACGGGAGGGCUCGUCACAGGUGGAAGGGUCUGAAGAUGGAGAGCAGGUCAGGAGGGGAGGAGACGGAGACUCUGCUGCAACGUCUGCUGGAGAAAAUACAACAGAUAAACACCAAGAGACAGACACUCACACAGCUGAUUGCACAGCUGCACAGCAAGAAGCAGCAGUGUGAACAGCUGCAGGAGUCUCUGCAGAAAGCCCAGAAUGCAUUGCAGUCCUGUGAACGCCAGCUGUUGCAGCUGGAGGCGGAGUCUGCGGCAGCGCUGUGUCAGCUGACCGGCUGGCAGCGAAUCAGAGACAAGCUGCAGGCAUACGUCUCGGAGGCGCAGGACGUCAUGCAGAUCAACCUGCUGUCCUUCAGCCAAUCGGAGCUCAGAGUGGAGCUCAGUCCCCGCCCCCCUACCCCGCUGUCGUCCAUUGAGCUGGAGCCUCUUCAGCUGUCCCUCACCUGGAGCCAUGACGACCGCUUCACCCUGCAGGGCAGUGAGUGUCUGCUGAGAGGCCCGGUGUUGGGGGGUCGCUCAACACUCAGCGCCGCCCUGCUGGACCUGCUGCAGAACUACAUGGGGCAGUUCCUGAUGCUGUCAGAGAUCCAGGGGCUCAGAUCCAGCUUUGCCAUCGACUGGUGCCCGGCUGAGCGGCGGCUGGUGUUCCUGAAGUCUGCUCUGCUGGUGUGUGAGCUGCAGGUGGAGGAGGGCUACCCGGAGAGGGGGGUGGUGCGUCUGCAGUCGGUGCGCAGGGACGGAAACCCUGUGGACACGUCCGCACUGCAGCCUCUCUCUGACCUCAGUCUGACAAACUGGUUGGUGUUUCUGCACAGAAGUCCUCUCCUCUGACUCCUCUUCCUCUCCUUCCUCUCCUCUAGCUCCUCUUCCUCUCCUCUCCUCUCCUCUCCUCUUCCUCUCCUGUGACCUCUUCUUCAUUACCAUCACUUCUCAUUUAAAUGUAAAUAAAGUUUUGUCUUAAAGA